AUGGGAAGGUCGACCCGACUGAAGGCAUGCUUUAUAAUUUUUUGUUUUUCCUUUGGUAUUGAUGCUUAUUCUCCUUUUGCAAAAUGGGUUUUUACCCCAAACAAUCUAGUAAAUGGGAAGAUCAAUGACUCAUCAUCAUAUAGCAAUAUGCCUUUCGGAGCAUUAGAUGGUUAUAAAAUAAUUGCUACAUCAGAUGUAACUUGUAAAGGUUUUCAUACCUAUUCUGUUCCUGCUUACUACUUUGCAACUGCAAGUGCUAUUUCCUCGUCCACAGUAGAGCUUGGGGUAAGUAUAUGAAUGAGCUUGCAAGGCAAUGGAUACCCAGUUUCAGUAUGACCUUCUUAUGGAGAAGAUCCACCUUAUACAACCACAUUUAAGGAUCACACAAUCUUGGUCUUUAAGACACCUUCAGAUGAAAUAAAAGAAGUUCCUAUUUCCGAAGGUAUGCUUUAGAUAGGAAAAUGAAUAUUUUUGGUAUUUUAUUUUGUUAAAAUUCAAACCCUUUGGACUUUGACAGUUAUUUCUCCAGAGUUUUCCGCUUUUAGUUUAACUGAUACCUACGGCCCAGGGGAUGAAAUUAUAAUUGGAAAUUAUAUAGAUGCAUACUAUUAUGAGAUUCAAUAUUUCAAAAAAGCUACUAUAAACUCGUCUAUUGUCACUUUAUAUGACAACCUUGAUGCUACUUAUGAUGCUACAACUUCGACUUGUCCAGCUUCUUGCAAUACUUAUUGUCACUCCGAUGUGGGAUGCUUAAGCUCAACAGCUUGCCCAUGCCCGGCACUUUGCACAUGCUCUGCAAAUGAUGGAGUGUGCUCAUCUUGUAACGAUCCAAAUGGUGACCUUGCAAAUAAGUGUCAAUGCAAAACUAAUUAUGCUCUCGAAGGACUUACUUGUGUCUUAAGUAAUUUUUAUGCAGAUUCUCCUCUCAAUUGUGCAUUAUGAACAGCAGAAAAGGUAUGCACUCAAUGCAAUCCAUACUUUUUCCUCUAUAAUAGCGGCACUUCUGCAAGCUGCUUAGGUAACUUUUAUUUAGCUUGUGACUCAUGCACUUCUUGCAAUGCUAGUCCUACUUGCUUUAAAUGUACUGAUGUAAUUUCUCAAGCUGGAAACUCCUGUAGAGUUGACUCAGUUGGGUACAAACUUAGCUUUGCUUCUCCAAACAUUGUUUUUGACUUCGCCUAUCCGUUAGCAAAGACUCUAAAAAUUAGCAACUUAAAAGCAGCAACAACUGAUAGCCAGGCUAUCUCGACCACUACUUGGCAAAUCCACUCACAAACUGCAAGCCAGCUACAGAUUAGAACUGAUCUUGUCCUAAGCCAGCUCCCAAUCAAACUUGACUUCAGCUUUGAGCAGGACCCUUAG